GAGAGUAGAAUUGUACGAUAACCAAAUUCAAUAAACAUUCAACAAAACAUAUUCUGUCAUCGAGCUUGUGAAUUUAUAUUUUUGUACAUAUAUUUUAUAAUACUUAUUAAAAAUGACAGAUACUGAAAAACCCUUUGCUUGCUUGUCUCCAGGAUGUAAUAUGAGUUUUGUUAAUGAAGACCAUUUGGUGGUUCAUAAAAAAAAACACGAUAUGAUUUUAAAUCUUGGAACAGGUGGUAAAAGUAAUGCGUUUAUAGCUGACCAAACACCAACACCUACACGAUUUAUCAGAAACUGUGAAGAAGUUGGUUUGUUUCAAGAUUUACAAAAUGUCAAUCCCUUUGAAGAAACUUUCCGACGUGCAGUAGAAGGAAAAAUUGGAUCAUUAUCUGAGUCUGAGAUUGUUGUAAAUGAUGAUACAUUGCAUACCCCACAUGUAUUUCCACAUAUAGAAGACAAUAGAUCAAAUAAAAUUGUUUUGCAUCGAGCUGAUACCGAUACUGAAAACGAAGAAACGUUGGAAAGUAAAUCAAAAGAUAAAUUAAAAUCAAACUGCGAAAGUUUAGAAGUUGUUACUUGUAAAGAAAUUAAAAAGACAUCUGAAACAAUUGUUAUACAAGAAGCGGAUACGUCAAUUAUUCAACAAUCUCCAUUACCACUACCAUCAUCCACAAGUUUAUCAAUAAAUGGUGAAGAAGUGCAGUUUCUUUUGAAAACUCAAGAUGGAAAAUUAAUGCAACUUUCUGCAACUCCCAUGAUUGAUUCAUCAACUCCAGUCAAUGUUGAAUCCCAACAGACUAAACCACAAACAAUUGUGAUAAAAACAGCAAUACCACUAAAGAGUAAUGAAGUAGAAAAGUCAAUCAAAAAAGUAAACUCAUCUCCUCUCUCAGAUGCUAAGCAGCGUUUAAGAGAAGCUAUUAUUAAAAACGGCAAUGUAACAAGUACAGAAGUGAUAAAAAAUGACAAAGUAAAAAAUAAUGAUAAAAGAAAAUGUUUAACAAAAAACGCUGAAGAUAAAAACGAAAAAAAUAUAGAUUUAAGUAGAAAAAAAGAUGUUCAAGCUAGAAAUCGUGCAAGCUCGAUGAGAGCGCGAGCAAAGAGAAAACAAUGGAUUAAUCAACUUCAACAUUCAUUAGAUGAAGCAAAUAAAGUAAAUGCUAGACUACAAAUGGAAAUAACAAAUUUACGAUUAGAAGUCGGUAAUUUAAAAACGAUUUUAUUAGCCCACAAAAACUGCUCGGUGACCAAAGAAAUGAAAAAAGGUAACAAAAUACUUGUAGAGCCUAAAUUCAUAUCAGUAUCGUCAUUAAGACUGUCAGAGAAAACAUCUAUCUUAUCAAAUGAAGUAAUACAAGGCAUAAAACGAGAGAGUGUAACAAGAGAUGAGCCAUGUGUUGGAAAUAAAAAAUUAAAAACAAAAAAGCAAUCGAUAUUAUUACCAAAAAAUGAUGAUAAGAUGGUACCUAUCGUAACUAAAAUAGUUAGCAAUUCUUGCAAUGAUGUUAAAUUUUUAAAUAUUAGUGAAAUAGUUGAUGAUAAGCGUAUUAAUAAGCCUAUUUUAAUUGUUCAAAAUCCACAAGAAAAAAAAGUUCAAAUAAUUAAUACUCGGCAAGUUGUACAAGUUGAUCAGAGUUUACAGUUAAUUAACGUCCCGUCCAAAACAACAGGAACUUAGUUUUAUUAUUCUAUUUAUGAAAUUAUAAUUCAGUUGGAAAAUUUGAAUGAAAUUAGCCAUAAUGUACAGAAGAAAAACUGACUUGAAUUAAGAAGAAUUUAUUUGAUCCAAAAAUAGUAUUAAGAAAUAAAAUUUUUUUUAUUCAAAAAUGUCAUUUUUUAAAAAUUGAUAUUCUUGAUUCAAAAAUAUAUUUCUACGAUUCAUAAAUUUAAAUUCUUGACCGUAGUAUAAUUUCGUUUAAUUAAAAAAAAAAAAAAAAAAAAAAAAAAUUCGAUCAGAGAACCUUAAAUUCUUGUUCCAACUGUAUUAUCGACUUGGUCAAAGAAUAAAACAAGUUCGUUUAAACUAUUAUAAUUUUUGAUUAGAGGAUAAAUUUUUUUUUACUGAGAUUGAAGUUCUCGGAUGAAGGAUUUUCUUGUUUUUGAUGCAAGCAAACAUUUUUUCAAAUUAAGAAACAGAAUGACUUAAAACAAGAGUUUAAUUUUGUAAAAAAAAAAUUCUUGAUUCAAGUUUAAUUUUAAUUAUGUAUGGAUUGCUACCAGUUGUGCUUUGUACCUUUUAAUUUAAGUAGAAAUAUUACUUACAAAUAAUAGCAGUAAGUCAUUAAUUUUCAUUGACUAAUAUUUAAUCUUUUAAUUGUAAAAAAUAUAUUUUUCUAUAGGCAAUUGCUAAUUAUAUAUUUAAAUACUUAUAGUAACAAUCUAAUCGCUGGCGAUUAUUUUUAUGUUUUU